UAUACACCCGUAGCGUUUCCGUUAAACUUGAAAAGGAAAACAUGAAUUAUUAUCGUAAUAUCGUUUUCACUGUUUAUCUUAUUCUAGCAUUUGUGCAAAAGAUAAAAGCUCAAGAAGCAACUGCACCCGGAAAUCAUACCACCACAAUACAGUGCCAUGUUUGCUGGAGCCUCGAAAGUGCAGCCCAAUGUCAACACAGUUCCAAAUCCGAACCUUGCAACCCUCACCAACUAGAGGCUACGGGGAAAAAAUUGCGUUUAAUUCACCCCCAUACACCGGAACAAGGCUCAACGAACGAACGCCUGCAGUUGGAGCAGUAUCGCUGCUUUACAUUGUCAGCAUCUGCGGGAAAAGGUGAAGCAAAGAAAGUGUUCUACGCCAAAGGAUGCACAAUGGCUGCGAAUGAUCCCUGCAGCAAUUGGGCGAAGGAGAAGAGUGCUUCCUGUUCAGUCUGCAAGGGGAACAACUGCAACGCUCCGAUGCCGGUAGAUAUUAGUCACGUGGCGAUCAAAGCGAGCAAGAAAAAUUGCACAGCUUCAAAUAGCAGCACUACCGCAGAGAAUAGUCGUUUUUACUGGAUCAUUGGCAUGGCUAUAGUUAGCAGUCGGUGCAGUUCCAUUUUUAAUUAGUGAUUGCAUCUAAUAGAGGUUGCAGAACGUUAAAAUGUUUAAAACUAAACUAACUUAGCUAAACAAUUAUAGUAAUUUUCGCAAUAUUGCGUUUCAAUUAACGAGAAUAGCGUUUGAAACAUCAGCUUUGACAAAUAAUUGACUAAUACUAUAAUUAAACUUAAGGGUGUGUAUAAUGACAACCGAAAGAACGACCUUAUCCUCAAUCAUUUAGUUUGCAGAAUAAAACACCGAUGUGCAAUGGUGGAAACAUGUAUCUCCACCUUAUCAAGCA